UUCCGUCUUGCUUGAAGAUAAAUUACAGAAGGACAAAGUCAAAUCCAGAUUUUGUGGUGUGAAAAUUUACCCUGGUGUGUUAUCACUACCAGGGAAUCUGACUUCAGCCAGGAGCAGUGAGAGCCUCCCCUCCCCAGCCAUGCUGACUACUGCCCUAGGACUGCUGAUGCUGGUAGCAGUGGUUGAAUUUCUCAUCAGUUUAAUUGGAAAUGGAGUCCUCGUGGUCUGGAGUUUUAGGGAAUGGAUCAGAAAAUUCAGCUGGUCCUCAUAUAACCUCAUUAUCCUGGGCCUGGCUGGCUGCCGAUUUCUCCUGCAGUGGCUGAUCAUUUUGGACUUAAGCUUGUUUCCACUUUUCCAGAGCAGCCUCUGGCUUCGCUAUCUUAAUAUCUUCUGGGUCCUGGUAAGCCAAGCCAGCUUGUGGUUUGCCGCCUUCCUCGGUGUCUUCUAUUGCAAGAAGAUCACAACCUGUGAUCAUCCUGCCUACUUGUGGUUGAAGCGGAGGGCCUAUAACAUGAGUCUUUUGUGCCUUCUGUGGUGCUUUAUAAUCAAUUUGUUACUGACAGUCCGAAUUGGCUUAAUGCUCUAUCGUCCUCCCGAAGGAAACAGCACCAUCCUGUAUCCCUUUGCAAGUUGGCAGUACUUGUAUGUACUUCAGCUCAAUUCAGGAAGUUGGUUGCCUUUCAUAGUGUUCCUUGUUUCCUCUGGGAUGCUGAUUGUCUCUUUGUAUACACACCACAGGAAGAUGAAGGUCCAUUCAGCUGGUAGGAGGGAUGCCCGAGCCAAGGCUCACAUCACUGCCCUGAAGUCCUUGGGCUGCUUCCUCUUACUUCACCUGGUUUAUUUCAUAGCCAGCCCCUACUCCAUCACCUCCAAGACUUAUCCUCCUAAUCUCACCAAUGUCUUCAUCUCUGAGACACUCAUGGCUGCCUAUCCUUCUCUUCAUUCCCUCAUACUGAUUAUGGGGAUUCCUAGGGUGAAGCAGACUUGUCAGAAGAUCCUGCAGAAGACAGUGUGUGCUCGGAGAUGCUGGGGCCCAUGAUCUGGGGAGAAGCUUGUGGUCAGGGCACUCUUGGGAUGCUCUGUUGAUAGCUCUCUAUAAGGGAGCUGCCUUUCAUGUCUUUUAAGAUUUUCCUUCUUUU